CUUUGACCCGGAAGAGGGUGGGAGAGGAAGCAGCUGGUGAUGCUGGAACAAACAUGGCCGUCCCGGUACCCCUCGGCCGCUCCGGCUCCUUCUGCCUGCGGCUGCUACGACUGCUGGCGUUGCUGGAGCUGCUGGUCCACCCCGUCUUGGGCCGCGUCCAUCACCUGGCGCUCAAAGAUGAUGUGCGGCAUAAAGUCCAUCUCAACACCUUCGGGUUCUUCAAGGACGGGUACAUGGUGGUCAACGUCAGCAGCCUCUCUGUGAACGAGCCUGAGGGAGCCACGGACAAGGAUGCUGAGAUCGGAUUCAGUCUGGACCGGACUAAGAACGAUGGCUUUUCUUCUUACCUGGAUGAAGAUGUGAAUUACUGUAUUUUAAAAAAGAAGUCCAUGUCUUCUGUCACUCUUGUCAUCUUAGACAUCUCUGGAAGCAUAGUCAAGGUCAGAUCCCCACCAGAAGCUGGUAAGCAGUUACCAGAGAUUGUCUUCAGCGAGGAUGAGAAAAUCUUGAGUCGGAGCCAGGAGCCUGCUGUCAGCUCCAACCCCAAAGUCAGUGAGGCUCAGAGAACCCUCGGUGGUUUAAAGGCUGGACGAAGUACAGUGGACUCAAAGGCUAUCACAGAACGAUUCUUCUCAAUUCACAAGAAUGAUGGGGUGGUCUCAUUUCAGUUCUUCUUUAACAUCAGCACCGAUGACCAGGAAGGCCUCUACAGCCUUUACUUCCACAAGUGCGCAGGCAGCAGCGUGAAGCCUGGUGAACAGGCCUCAUUCAGCCUAAAUAUUGCUAUCACAGAGAAGAACCCUAACAGCUACCUCUCUGCCGGGGAAAUCCCUCUCCCCAAGUUAUAUGUUUCCAUGGCCUUGUUCUUCUUUCUGUCUGGGACCAUUUGGAUUCACAUCCUUCGUAAGAGAAGGAAUGAUGUAUUUAAAAUUCACUGGUUGAUGGCGGCCCUUCCUUUCACGAAGUCUCUCUCGUUGGUGUUCCAUGCAAUCGACUACCACUACAUCUCCUCGCAGGGCUUUCCGAUUGAAGGCUGGGCCGUUGUAUACUACAUAACUCACCUGCUAAAGGGCGCACUCCUGUUCAUCACCAUCGCUCUCAUCGGCACUGGCUGGGCCUUCAUCAAGCACAUCCUGUCUGAUAAAGACAAGAAGAUCUUCAUGAUUGUCAUCCCGCUCCAGGUCCUGGCGAAUGUGGCCUACAUCAUCAUAGAGUCCACUGAGGAGGGCACAACUGAGUAUGGCCUGUGGAAGGACUCUCUGUUCCUGGUUGACUUGCUUUGCUGUGGCGCCAUCCUCUUCCCAGUGGUGUGGUCAAUCAGGCAUUUACAAGAAGCCUCCGCCACAGAUGGAAAAGCUGCCAUCAACUUAGCAAAGCUGAGGCUUUUCAGACAUUACUACGUCUUGAUUGUGUGCUACAUCUACUUUACCAGGAUCAUCGCCUUCCUUCUCAAGUUUGCUGUUCCAUUCCAGUGGAAGUGGCUCUACCAGCUGCUGGAUGAAACAGCCACACUGGUGUUCUUUGUCCUGACGGGGUAUAAAUUUCGCCCAGCUUCAGAUAACCCCUACCUGCAGCUGUCUCAGGAAGAUGAUGACCUGGAGAUGGAGUCCGUAGUGACGACAUCGGGUGUAAUGGAGAAUAUGAAGAAGGUGAAGAAAGUGAGCAACGGUGCUGUGGAGCCCCAGGGCAGCUGGGAAGGCACCGCAUGACAGCAGGGCUGAGGACUGCUGUCAAUGAAACUAGCUUAUUCAUAGCCAAGCAGUGAGCAAGCGCGUUCCUGACAGAACGAUGGCAUCUCCCAGCAGUGACACUCCAGCGGGCGCUGAGCGCUCAUACCGAGGGAGUGCCACGGACACACAUUUUUGUACUCUUAGGAUCUGGAUUGUGGUGUGGGCUACAGGCAGCUAGGACUGCCCUCAGUGAGGGCGGGAGGGGGCUUAGAGGGGGAGUAAAGAACUGGAGUCUGAUUUACCUUGCUAAUUGGGAGCCUGGGUCUGUGCCAAGGAGCCCUGUGGCUGCUACUCAGAAAGGCUAUGGGGUGGGGGAGCGGGUCUGCGCUGGUCACAGUGCUGUGGAGGCUGGGGAGGGUGUGACUCGCUGCUCAGCCUAGCAGUUUAUAAGGCUUUGGGUUCAAUUCCUAGCACCAGGGUGGGGGGAGAAGAAUUUACUUUGGGAACUAGACAGAUAUCUACCAAGGGCAUGAGAAAGGGAUUGUCAGCCUUUGGGAACAAGAACAACAGAAAUGAAUGAAAUUCUUCUAGAUAGCCAAAUAGACACCCUAGGUGGCAUGACACCUGUCCAGGGAGGGCCACUGGUCCCCAAGCACCACUCUAAAUGUCCCCACCCUGAUGUGACCUACACCAGUGGUGCUAGAGGCCAGCAGGGAGGACCCAGUACACAGCUGGCUGAAGGGAGAAAGGCCUUGGAGCUCCAGAAGUGUGCUCCAGCUGGCUCUCCUGACUCCAUCCCCCUGCCUGCCCAGAGCAGCCGCCUGGCUUCCUCUCCUUCCACCUGUGUCUUCUGAUCCGAAUCAGAGAAAACAGAACUUUCCUGAAGGAGCAGCUGAGGACAGAAAGGGUAGUGUCUAAACGAACGCUUAGGUAAGCAUCCUUCCACAGCUUGCAUGGGCCAGGCAGGACCUCUGAGCCUCAACUACGUAGUCCAAGCAUGCGUGAAGGGAGUGAGUGUCUUUGAGCCACUCAUGCUCAGAGACCUGAAACAGCCAGAUCUGCUCAGAACUUGGGCAGGAACACCAGCGGCUGCCUGCAGAAGGCAUGUGACGAGGUCACAGGAGACCAGCUCAGCACCUCAGAGCCGCUUAGUGCCCAGGACUUGCAGGUGAGUCACACCUUCAAGGAACAAGCACUUCCUAGGGUGAGUUACUCUACCUCCCAGUGCAGAAGAUCUCUGUCCUGAAGACAGUGUGUCUGUCUCCACACCCCCAGCCCAAGACCUAAGUCACCAGUGAGAAGCCGCUGCUUGUGCUGCCCUAGCAGGUCCGUCCCUACCACAGGUGUUCCGACAGGCCUGAAGAAUCUAUUUAAGGGACCUCUUCCUCCUAGUUCCUUUUGUUUGUUUGUUUGUUUGUUUGUUUGUUUGUUUGUUUUGUUUAUACUUGUUUAAAGUAUGUGGUGGGAAGGGAGUUGUCGAGCAGUCGGGGGAUUGGUGCUUUGUUUUCUGCACGUAAGCAGUCCUCCAGCACUGCAGAAGCUGGAGUGUUCCUGUGGUGACAUCUACGCCACAGCCUGCCUCUCAGAGGGCAGGGUCUUUUUGAAAGGGGCCUCGUUUUACUUGCUGGGUUUUAGGAGAGCCAGAGGGGAGAAGUUGUACCACCCAGCCCACAGAGCUCUCUUGGUGCACAGCUGAGCUGGUGUAGGGGGACAGCCUGCUCCUUCCAGGGCAUGGGUGCAAGGGCUGGGAGGUGUGCUACAGCAGUGUGCUCCCAAGUCUUGCCCUGGAACUGCUGUAGGUGGGAAGCCAGGCAUGGCGGGGGAAUUAGAAGCCUAACCUAAGGCUGGGAAGACUGGCCUGGUGCCCAGGCUGUGGAAAGGAAAGCUUCCAGCCCUUUAUCCUGCACUGUAAGUGUAUCGUCUCCAUCACUUGAGAGCUGUGAGCCAGCAUUCCACGGUGUCCUUGGGUAGAGGAGUCUGAUUGCUAGUCCAGUCGCCCCAGCUCACGAGCUGCCCUCUGCAGCCUUGAGUCUUAGCCCACCUGGCUUCACACAGCCCUGUUUCAAUGGUAAAGCCCAUGUGUUGGAGGGGCUGAGCAAAAACGGGGUGUGCAUUGCACUGCCACUCUGGUAUUAAUAGCUCUGCUCUGUGUCUCUCCCCCCUUCUGCCUGCGUGAGGUAUCCAUACUUUUUUUGAGAGUGCUGUGGACUGGAAGCUGUGGGCUGUGACAUUUAAUAAAGUGUGGUAGAUAAUUAUUUCUUGGACAACAGGAGCAAGUGUUCAAUUCUGAAUUCUGGCUCUAACAGGACUCAGCCUCUCAUGUUUGAAUAGCAGAGCAUAGUCUAAUGUUGAGCCUGCCUGGGCUUCAUUCUCUCUAGAUAGAGGAGCAGCUCACUCCAGGUCACAUCAAGCCUGAGUCUUCAGUUCUUCAAAAACCACUUCAGAGUAAAUACCUAAGUGUCCCCACUCUAGCCCUCACCUGUGCUGCCAGCCAGGGCUGCCCAACUCCUGAAGUGCUCGCAGAAUUUCUGCUUCCCUUGGUCCUCGUGUCCUCCUCUCAUCCCUCUCCUUCCCUCGUGCCCCCUCCUUUUCUCUCUCCCUCGCUCCCCACACUCCCUCCUGCUUUGCCACUGACUCCCUGGCCUCUCUGGCAUACUCAGCCGCAGGCUGGUGCACUGCAGCAUUGGCUGCCUGCAGCUGCGUGCAGAAUGUAUUUUCUAAACCAGGGAGUAUUUUAUCAAGAGAGUGCAAACUAUGCAAACUCACUCUGUAUUGCUGCUCUGACCACAUGGUGAUCUCCGCACACCGCAAUGCCUGUCUGGCUCUUGGAGUGGAGUCUAAAGCAAGUCUUUGCAGAACGGGAAGCCCAUCAGCAAUCUCUGUGUUCAUUUUCAGUGGCCCCUGGCCACCCCCCACCCACAUCCCAAAGCGUGGUCCUUGAGGAAGCAUUAGUCUGAUGCGGUUGCUGGCCCAUUUCCACACACCCAGAAGGACAACCUCGCUCUGCCAAGCUGCUGGUCCUCAAAGGAAGACUCUAGCCUACCCCCCAGCCUUGUUCCCACGUUCCAUCACCCACCUGAGCUCACAUGCUGACCUGCCCCAGCUUCAGCACUCACCGUGUGCUCCUCAGGGGCCUGCGCUGCCCACUGCUGCCGCCUUUCCUGUCUAGGGCUCUGUGAGGACUUUAUUCACCCUCUCAGCUAUUUAGAGCAGACUAGUGUUCUCAAAGGUCUGCCUUUUGUUCCUCCUUUCCUGAGGCUGCCCCGGCAAGAUUCUGUAAAAACAUUCACAGGAGUGCCCCUCAUACCUGUACCACCUAGAAUGUGUUCACAGGCCAAGGAGUUUCCCAGUUCCUCCAAGGCCUUGUCUGUCCCAUAGAGGUGUGUUUGUUUUGUGCUUUAAAAGUAUCAUACAAAGCCGGGUGUGGUUGCACACGCCUUUAAUCCCAGCACUCGGGAGACAGAGGCAGGCGGAUUUCUGAGUUCCAGGACAGCCAGAGCUAUACAGAGAAACCCUGUAUACAGAAAAAAAAAAAAGCAUCAUACAUUUAGGUGACGCUCUGCCUGGUCAGGGACCUCCUGCCUGCUUCCCUACACUAUAAAGAGGGACAGACAGAAAAAGCUUGGGAGCAGAUGUGGUCAUGACUGGCAUGUCAGGACCUGGUAUGAUUUUGACCACAGAGAGACUUGAUCCUGGCCAGUGGUGAAGGCACACAGGCUCCUGUGGUGAAGGCAUACAGAGCAGAGUGAGGCAGACACAUUUCUGAGACAGGAUGCUCAUUUGGAGUUGAGGUGCAGUGGAUGGGGAGGGAACUGGAGGGCCAGUCUUCUUAGCAUCCAAGCGCUGUGUCCUGCUGCUGGGCCUGGAAAGCCUGUCCACAUGAAGGGACUCUUCCGUCCCUAAACAGCUUUCCUAGAUGACCCAAAUAAUUGUCAGACUGAACCCAGAGGUGUCACCUGCAGGAGGUCGUCUGGCCUGUAUGCCUUACUCAGGUUGGGGUGCAGGGGCUGGGGACCACUUAGUAAUGUUUAACAUUAAUCACUGAAAUAUUUCCAAGCAUGGGAUUUAGAUGUGCUCAGGACUGGCCACUGUAUGGAGGCACUUCACUGCAAAGCAAAUACGCCCAAUAAAGAUUCCAUGUGGAAGCUUGUGUCUGUGGUCCUAGGGAAACCCAGGCACUGCCUAGCUUCCUCCUCAAAAUUCAGUGUUCAUACAGUUCCUCAUGUUGUGGUGACCACAAACCAUGGAAUUGCUUUUGUUGCUACUUCUUAACUGUAGCUUUGAUACUCUUAUGAAUUGUAAUGUAAAUAUCUGAUAUACAGAUGGUCUUAGGCAAUCUCCUUGGAAGGCUCAUUUGAUUCCCCCAAAGAGGUCGUGACCCACAGGUUGAGAACUGCUGUAAUUCCUUAUUAUCUGUGCUCAUUAAAUCAGCUGGCUGCCUGCCACCCACUCUCACU